AUGGCGUGUUGCCAAACCCAUGGUAAUGAGGUGUCUCGCCAGUCCAACGGUGAUACGAAAGCAGUAUCGGAAAGUUUAAAUUCUCAAGUGUCUGUUGUGUUUAAACGCGGCGUGGUUAACGACGAUCCGGUUGAUAUGAAAAAUUGGCAAAAUGGUUCUACAAAUGAAGACGAAAGCAUUCAUAAUAUACAGCCGUCCGAUGAUAGUAACUUUAACAGAUUUACUACAAAUGAAGUAACAGACAGCUAUGCAUUCGAAUCUGAGGACCGAAUUAAAUAUGAAAGCUCGCUUUCUCGCCGGGAGUUGGAAUUGGACGAGAUAAUUAAUAAAUAUCCUAGUGGUUCAGUCGAUCAAAUGAAGGCAAUACUGAACCACAUAUACUUGAAAAAAUCAAAACAGCACUUGCACAAAAGCACAAGGAAAAGGAGCAUAUUUUGGCCCUCCGAAACGACUACGAGCGGGCAUGCGUCAACCAAUCCCAGAUUCAUUGUAACUGAUCUGAGAACCUGGCGAGCACUCCCACAAAAUCAGACUAGAAUUGACACCAUCCCUCAAGCAUCUAUUGGCGUUACACAAGAGCGGUCAAAUUAUUCCAAUUCAUCG